AUGAUCCAGAAUGAUACAUUUAUGGAAUUUGAAUGGAUUGUUUUCUCUUCAACCCACCCAACUACCCACACGCCUUUCAUCCACCCAACUACCCACACGCCUUUCAUCCACCCAACUACCCACACGCCUUUCAUCCACCCAACUACCCACACGCCUUUCAUCCACCCAACUACCCACACGCCUUUCAUCCACCCAACUACCCACACGCCUUUCAUCCACCCAACUACCCACACGCCUACCCACCCAACUACCCACAUUUUAUCCACCCAACUACCCACACGCCUUUCAUCCACCCAACUACCCACACGCCUUUUAUCCACCCAACUACCCACACGCCUUUCAUCCACCCAACUACCCACACGCCUUUCAUCCACCCAACUACCCAACGCCUUUCAUCCACCCAACUACCCACACGCCUUUCAUCCACCCAACUACCCACACGCCUUUUAUCCACCCAACUACCCACACGCCUUUCAUCCACCCAACUACCCUUUUUCAUCCACCCAACUACCCACGCCUUUCAUCCACCCAACUACCCACACGCCUUUCAUCCACCCAACUACCCAUUGCCUUUCACCCACCCAACUACCCACACGCCUUUUCCACCCAACUACCCACACGCCUUUCAUCCACCCAACUACCCACACGCCUUUUUCCACCCAACUACCCACACGUUAUCCACCCAACUACCCACACGCCUUUCAUCCACCCAACUACCCACACGCCUUUCAUCCACCCAACUACCCAGAUCCACCCAACUACCCACACGCCUUUCAUCCACCCAACUACCCACACGCCUUUCAUCCACCCAACUACCCACACGCCUUUCAUCCACCCAACUACCCACACGCCUUUCAUCCACCCAACUACCCACACGCCUUUCACCCACCCAACUACCCACACGCCUUUCAUCCACCCAACUACCCACACGCCUUUCAUCCACCCAACUACCCACACGCCUUUCAUCCACCCAACUACCCACACGCCUUUCACCCACCCAACUACCCACACGCCUUUCAUCCACCCAACUACCCACACGCCUUUCAUCCACCCAACUACCCACACGCCUUUCAUCCACCCAACUACCCACACGCCUUUCAUCCACCCAACUACCCACACGCCUUUCAUCCACCCAACUACCCACACGCCUUUCAUCCACCCAACUACCCACACGCCUUUCAUCCACCCAACUACCCACACGCCUUUCAUCCACCCAACUACCCACACGCCUUUCAUCCACCCAACUACCCACACGCCUUUCAUCCACACAACUACCCACACGCCUUUCAUCCACCCAACUACCCACACGCCUUUCAUCCACCCAACUACCCACACGCCUUUCAUCCACCCAACUACCCACACGCCUUUCAUCCACCAAACUACCCACACGCCUUUCAUCCACCCAACUACCCACACACCUUUCAUCCACCCAACUACCCACACGCCUUUCAUCCACCCAACUACCCACACGCCUUUCAUCCACCCAACUACCCACACGCCUUUCAUCCACCCAACUACCCACUACCCACCCGCCUUUCACCCACCCAACUACCCACACGCCUUUCAUCCACCCAACUACCCACACGCCUUUCAUCCACCCAACUACCCACACGCCUUUCACCACCCAACUACCCACACGCCUUUCACCCACCCAACUACCCACACGCCUUUCAUCCACCCAACUACCCACACGCCUUUCAUCCACCCAACUACCCACACGCCUUUCAUCCACCCAACUACCCACACGCCUUUCAUCCACCCAACUACCCACACGCCUUUCAUCCACACAACUACCCACACGCCUUUCAUCCACACAACUACCCACACGCCUUUCAUCCACCCAACUACCCACACGCCUUUCAUCCACCCAACUACCCACACGCCUUUCAUCCACCCAACUACCCACACGCCUUUCAUCCACCCAACUACCCACACGCCUUUCACCCACCCGCCUUUCACCCACCAACUACCCACACGCCUUUCAUCCACCCAACUACCCACACGCCUUUCAUCCACCCAACUACCCACACGCCUUUCAUCCACCCAACUACCCACACGCCUUUCACCCACCCAACUACCCACACGCCUUUCAUCCACCCAACUACCCACACGCCUUUCAUCCACCCAACUACCCACACGCCUUUCAUCCACCCAACUACCCACACGCCUUUCAUCCACACAACUACCCACACGCCUUUCAUCCACCCAACUACCCACACGCCUUUCAUCCACACAACUACCCACACGCCUUUCAUCCACACAACUACCCACACGCCUUUCAUCCACACAACUACCCACACGCCUUUCAUCCACACAACUACCCACAUGCCUUUCAUCCACCCAACUACCCACACGCCUUUCAUCCACCCAACUACCCACACGCCUUUCAUCCACCCAACUACCCACACACCUUUCAUCCACCCAACUACCCACACGCCUUUCAUCCACCCAACUACCCACACGCCUUUCAUCCACCCAACUACCCACACGCCUUUCAUCUACCCAACUACCCACACGGCUGUGGUUCUGAGGCCAGCCGGCCGUGGUUCUGACGCCAGCCGGCCGUGGUUGUGCUACUGGAUCCUACACAGUCUGGAGCUGCUGGAGGAACCUGUCCCCACCUCCAUCUCCUCAGUGAGUACAGCCACUGUCCCCACCUCCAUCUCCUCAGAGAGUACAGCCACUGUUCUGCUACACUAA